AUGAUGAGGUCUGUACUCAGUCAAUUGUGUUUUCUCCUAGUACUGAACUCCAUUUCAGCAGAACUCACCAUUUCAAGUUCUUGUCCAAGCCACUGCGGAAAGAUCUCCAUACCCUAUCCUUUUGGAAUUGGAAACGGGUGCUACCACAAUGAAUGGUACGAGGUUCAAUGCAACAAUUUCGUCCCGUUUCUGCCCAAGAUCAGCAAGGAAGUGGUGCAAAUCGAUUAUCCAAGACCAUCAGAGCACGGAGUUGAGUCCAUUCCUUCUGGUUCACUCCGCAUCAAAACAAAAAUAACUUCUAUGGGGUGUUCUGGCGGCGAUGGAAAAGAGUUCAAAGAGGUUCUGAACUAUACCAAAACCCCGUUUUCCAUGAGCAGCAAUAACAAACUUGUGGCUUUUGGGUGUAAUCACAAGGCAACUUUGAUGCAUGUUGACCCCAGAAUUGUCGGAUGCGUCUCGACUUGCGACCCAUCUAACCUACUGACGGACUCAUCAGAAAGAGGCUGCGAUGGCUACAAGUGUUGCAAUGUGAGCACACCUAUUGAGGUCGGUCAAGAAAUUGGUGUGAAGAUCGAGAGCCGGGAUGGUGGUAAUACGACAACAGGAGGGUGCGCAGUCGCCUUCUUAACAGACGAAUUUGAUCAAACAUCGCGGUCGUGGGGCAACAGAGCUGAUCCAAAAUGGUUUCACGCGAGGAAAUAUUCAACUAUCCAGCUAAAGUGGAAAGUUAUUACGAUGGGUACCUCGUUUACAGAAUCCUUGAAGUGUGGCAACAACACACUGUCGGACGACUUUCUCUCUAGACCUUGCUAUUGUUAUGAGGUUGUCACAGAUGACGAGGCCAUCCAUCUAUGGUGUGCAUGCACCUCUGGUUACAAGGGUAACCCAUACCUUCUAGAUGAUUGCAAAGAUAUUGAUGAGUGUAAAAUUCUUGAAGCUGGACGUCAUCGUCCAAAGUACUGUAGUAGCGGUGAAACUUGUCUAAACACUCGAGGUGGCCAUCAAUGCGUAGUGAAAAAGAACAAAACCUUCCUAAUUUAUAUAGGGGUCAGCAUCGGUGUAAGCGUGUUUCUUGUAUGUGCAUGCAUAUGGCUUUACAAGUACAUCAAGAAGCAAAGGAAGAUUAAGCAGAGACAAGCCUUCUUCAAGCGCAACGGAGGUCUUCUGUUACAGCAACAGCUAACCUCAGGGGAAGGCUCCGUUGACAAGACUGUCGUAUUCAGCUCCAAAGAACUAGAGAAAGCCACAGAGAGCUUCAGUUCUGAGAGGGUGCUUGGGGAAGGUGGGCAAGGAACCGUCUACAAAGGGAUGCUCGCUGAUGGUAGGAUCGUGGCGGUGAAGAAAUCAAAGGCUCUGGACCAAGAUCAAGUACAAGAAUUCAUCAACGAGCUUGUGAUUCUCUCGCAAAUCAACCACCGCAACAUCGUCAGUAUACUAGGCUGUUGCCUUGAGACGGAGGUCCCGGUUUUGGUAUACGAGUUUAUUUCCAACGGAAACCUAUUCGAACAUCUUCAGAACCAGGUCGAUGAUGAUCAGACGGUGGCUAGUUGGGAAGUACGCUUGCGAAUUGCCAUAGAUAUUGCGGACUCCCUCUCAUACCUCCACUCCGCCGCGUCCUCUCCAAUUUACCAUAAGGAUGUUAAAUCUACCAACAUCAUGCUUGACGCUAAGCACCGAGCAAAAUUGUCUGAUUUCGGUAUUUCAAGGGUGAUGGCUGUGGAUGAUACUCAUCUCACUACCGUGGUGAAAGGUACCGCCGGAUAUGUCGAUCCUGAGUACUACCAAUCCGAACAAUACACGGAAAAGAGCGACGUGUACAGUUACGGUGUCGUCCUCGCCGAACUCAUCACCGGAGAGAAGCCGGUCUCUUCCCAACGGCCUCAAAACACCCGGACUCUAGCAACUUACUUUCUCGUUGCAAUGAGAGACGACAGGCUUUUCGACAUUAUUGAUCCUCGCAUCAGAGAUGGUUGCAUGUUGGAGCAAGUCAAGGUCAUGGCCAAGAUUGCGAGGCUGUGUCUGAACCUUACGGGAGAGAGACGACCCAGCAUGAGGGAUAUUUUAGUGGAGCUGGAAUGUAUCCGUUCGUCGCCUCAUGGAGUUUCACUGCACCUGGGCUGUAUAGUUGAAAACGAUGAAGAGGAUGACCAAGCUGUAGAAGUUAUCUCACGCAGAGAAACGUUCAACAUCGAUAUUGCUUCAACUUCAGCAUAUCAAUAUGACUACGGUGCAGCUAUGUCGACUGAUGUUGAACCGUUAUGUCCUUCUCAAACAUGGUGA